AUGGCAAAACAACCACAAGUUACAUGGGCUCAACGCGAAAGUUUCGUGUAUGUCACUUUGGAAGUUGAUGAUGCCAAAAUUGACGAAUUGAAGGCUGAAGGAUCCAAGCUUCAUUUCGCGUAAGUAUUUUUUGUGGUUUAUGACACAUUCAACAGUUUUAAAUAUUUUGUUGUUUUUCAGUGGCAGCAGCAACACUGAAAAGUAUGAAACAACCAUCGAAUUCUACGAAGAAAUCGAGAAUGAUUCAGUUACUAGAAUCGGAACCAGCACUCGUGUCAUCGAAUUGACAAUUCGCAAAGCGUCUCCAGGAUGGUGGCCAAGAUUGUUGAAACAAAAAGGAAAGGUCCAUUGGCUUAAAGUUGACUUCUCGAAAUGGAAGGAUGAGGAUGACGAAGAAGUUGAAGAAGAUGCUGGAGGCGCUGCUGCUGGACUUGGAAAUGGUUUCGACAUCAAUCAAUACAUGUCGCAACUCGGAAAUGGAGCCGGAGGAGCUGAUUUCGGAGGACUCGAAGAUGACGAGGAGGAAGAUGGUGAGUAAUAAAUUUUUAUUGAUUUUCAUAUGUAAUGAUAUCCCAUAAUUUCAGAUAUGCCUGAACUCGAGGAUAACGAAGAAGAGGAAGGAAAACAAGAAAUCAAAGCCUAA